AUGUACUCUGUUCUUCGGAUCGCUAGCUUGAUGGCCUUGAUUGGCUAUGCUCAAGCUGAUUUCGCAGUCGGCACUUCUGCAUCUCAAAUGGGAAUCGGAGAGAUUGUUCCUGAUACUGGAGGUGACAUCUAUAACACUGACGCAGUUGCUGUGUCGUACCCAGGCGGCUGUCUCGACAACGUCCAGCAAUUCGAGAGGUGCCUUAUCGAAGGCUUCUUUGAGAUCCGAGGACUGAAGACGGAGGAUCAGUACGGUUUCAACUGGAAUGGCGAAGGCUGGGAGUUCUCACAGAACAGCGAGAUCUUGGGCUUCUGUACCAAGAACGACGAUGAAGGAUGCACCAAGACAGGAGUAAACUACUCACUCGGAUUCUUCUCACACAUGCUUUGCACCGGUUCUAUCAACUCUGGGUUCUAG